CCAACACGGAAGUGCUCUAGCUGGGAUCAGUUGGUGUUAUGAGCCACUGGCAUGGCUUUUCGUAUCGUUUCCAAAGAGGCCCUGGUUGGGUCUGUGACUCUUGGAGUUGUUUUUGUCGCCGGUUAUUUAUUAGGGCAGAAGAAAUCUCGCAAAAUGAUCUCCAAAAGCCACUGUGAGGGAAAAGAAGACCCCCUGAUGCAGUAUGUCCUCAAUAAUUCCUUGAGGGAGCAUCCGGUUCUGAAAAAGCUCAGAAUGAGGACAAUGGAAGAGCCUUCAAACGGGAUGAUGGUUGCCUGUGAGCAGGCGCAGCUCAUGGCCAAUCUAGCAAAGCUUAUAAAAUGCAAGAAAGCAUUAGAGAUUGGAGUCUACACAGGUUACAACACACUGAAUAUUGCACUGGCUCUGCCUGAUGAUGGAGUUUUGGUGGCAUGCGACAUCAGUGAAACCUACACCAACAUUGGCAAACCCUUCUGGAAAGAGGCUAAUGUCGACAGUAAAAUUGAUCUACGCAUCCAGCCGGCAUUGAAAACCCUUGAUGACCUGUUGGAGGCUGGUGAGGCUGGAACAUUUGACUUUGCCUUCAUUGAUGCGGAUAAAGUCAACUAUGACAACUACUAUGAAAAGUCUUUGCAACUCUUGAGAAAAGGAGGCAUCAUUGCUGUUGACAACGUGCUGUGGGGUGGAAAGGUGGUAAAUCCAUCCCCGGAUGAUUCAGACACUGUUGCCAUUGACAAACUAAACAAGAAGCUGCACAGAGAUACAAGAAUCAGCCUGAGCAUGCUCACAGUGGGGGACGGGCUCACACUGGCCAUCAAACUAUAGAGCACUUUUGAUUAAUGCAAAUACUUCCAGGUUUUUUAGCCGUAUCAGUGCCAGUUUUACUACUUCAGAACAUCAGCAACCUUGUUAACAAUGCAUUUACAUUUGCUACAACUGUAGUGUUUAAAUAAAAAAAUAUUUCAUAAAAAA